CCGACACAAUAUUGGAAACAACAACACACGUUCCCGUGGGAGGAAACAGAGAAUUGUUAAGAUUGCUGAUUAAAAUAUGUUUGCAAGACACAUUUGCUAAGCUACUGCUUUGCACCAAUAGACUACAGAUCUAGAGGCCGGAGGAUCAAGGACAUUUCAGACUGGACUUAGAUGUCGUCUGCCCGUAGAAUGGAGGUCCCCUGGACCAGAGAGUUUGUUCCUCUAAAUGGAGUGACAACACAUAUUGUUAAGUGCGGUUAUUGGCUCCAGACUUCCACGCCCACCAACAGACUUUUGUUCCUCAUCAUCCCAGGUAACCCAGGUGUGAUCCAGUACUAUGAACGUUUUAUGGAGUGUCUGUAUUGGGCUAGUGAAGGAGAAGUACCAGUUUGGGGUGUGUCACACACAGGCCACGUUUAUGAUCCUUCCAAUCUAGCCAAACGUUCAUCACCAAGUCAACAUGAAAGUCAGUCCAGUCGGCCAUCAACAGAUAGUUUAAAUAAUGGUCAACAUGCAGAUGAACCAUUUACGUUGAAGGGACAAAUCAACAACAAGAUUGAGUUUAUCAAUAAACACGUUCCAGAAGAUGUUAGAUUGAUAUUGCUUGGUCACUCAAUUGGUUGCUACAUGAUUCUCAAGAUGCUUGAUGCCCUCUCCCCAAGACGAGUUUUCCGAUGUUUCCUUCUUUUCCCGACAAUAGAACGGAUGGCUGCUUCACCAAACGGCACGGUGGCCACGCCAUUGCUGCGGUGGCUGCGCUGGUUGGCAGUUGGAGCUGCUCACAGUAUAUCCUUCCUGUCUCCUCGCGUUAAAUAUCGCCUUGUUUUGUGGCAUUUCGGUGCAAACAAAACCAGUAAUAAUAUCCCUGAAUGUAUUUAUAAUGCAACAAUGGAAAUCUUCACACCUUCCUGUUUAGCAAAUGUUCUGUUCCUGGCAAACGAGGAGAUGCAACAAGUUGAUAAACUUGACGCGGAUCUAGUCAGUCGACAUGCAGACAAGCUUUGUUUAUACUAUGGCCAGUCCGAUUCUUGGUGUCCACGCGAGUAUUUCUACAAUGUGCGUGACAGGAAAUUGAAAUGCGACAUUCGUCUGUGUAAUCGGGGUUAUGAACACGCAUUUGUGAUCAAGGCCAGUGAUGAAAUGGCAGAUAUUGUGUGGGGAUGGUUUCAGUCACACAACCUUGAAGAGUCAUCCUAAUUUCACCUUUAAGAACAUGAUACAUUUACAAACAUUCCUGUUUUGGGUCAAACAUCAAAUUUAUUAUUUGAUAAAAGAAAAAUUACUGACCAGUCUUGAUCCAGCCACCAUUAACCUGGUUCUCCCAACAUUCAGUCACCAUUAAUCCUGUUGUCCCACCUUCGAACUACCACUAAUCUGGUUUUCCCACCGUCUAGUACCACUAAUCUGGUUUUCCCACUGUCUAUUACCACUAUUCUGGUUUUCCCACCAUCUAGUACCACUAUUCUGGUUUUCCCACCAUCUAGUACCACUAAUCUGGUAGUCCCACUAUUCAGUCACCACAAAUAUGGUAGUCCCACUAUUCAGUCACCACUAAUCUGGUUGUCCCACAAUCUUGUCACCACAAAUCUGGUUGUCCUAACAUUCAGUCAUCACUAAUCUGGUUGUCCCACAAUCUAGUCACCACAAAUCUGGUUGUCCCAACAUAUAUAUAGUCACCACUAAUCUGGUUGUCCCACCGUCUAGUACCACUAAUCUGGUUUUCCCACCAUCUAGUACCACUAAUCUGGUUUUCCCAUCGUCUAGUACCACUAAUCUGGUUUUCCCACCGUCAAGUACCACUAAUCUAGUUUUCCCACCAUCUAGUACCACUAAUCUGGUAGUCCCACUAUUCAGUCCCCACAAAUAUGGUAGUCCCACUAUUCAGUCCCCACAAAUAUGGUAGUCCCACUAUUCAGUCACCACUAAUCUGGUUGUCCCACAAUCUAGUCACCACAAAUCUGGUUGUCCCAACAAAUAUAUAGUCACCACUAAUCUGGUUG